UUCUCUGUUUUCUGGAUUUUGUCUGAAUCAGGUGGUCUGCAGACUGGGAGGAGCUCUACUCAUUGGAACCUUUGUCUACAAGACAAAGCAAUUCACAAUCUGCAACAUGCCCUCCGUGUUUGAGAGCACCGUCAAGAAACUGGUCAAAGAGAUUGGAGACAAAGAACUCAGGCCUGUCACAGGCGUCACGAAUGCCGACACAAUACGUCGGUUUUCUCUAAUACGGAGGAAGAAGGCUCGCCCCCUGUUUUGGACAGUAUCUGAUGUUCCAGUUGACAUCACCCUCAAGGACAUCCUCGAACCAAGUGUUGUGGUCCCAGACGCUGCUGUGGAAACUCGACACCUCUGUGGCUACAAUGAGUUGUGGAAACAGGAUGCAGGUGUGAGUGUGAAUGCUGGGGCAAAAGCGAGCAUCUCAGAGGACACCUCUAGCUGCCAAGGAUCCUCCAUUGAUUAUAAGAUUGUUAGAACCCCAUACAAAACCUGGACAGACCUUCAGAAGUGGAAAGUGAUGGACCCAGAGCCAUCAUUUCUCAAGGAAUGCCGGAGAAGAGAGAACAAUGUCUAUGUGGUGACUGACGUCGUAGAGCUGUGUGACAGUUGUGUGAUGGAGGAUCACAGCAGCGUGAAUGUUUCGGGAGCUCUCUCUGUCUUAGUGAAGCCUUUUGUCACGGUUGGAGGAGGGGGCGGGGCUCACCAGGUGAGCGAGAGGAAGCAUACUGUGCCAAAGGGCUCGGUGAUGGCCUAUAAGAGGAAGCAGCUGGUGUUCAAGGGGAACAGCUGGGAGAUUCUUCACGUCGCAGAUGCUGAAGAGGACACCUUUCCAGUAGAAAAAGCCCUUUGCAAACCCCACUCAAAUAGGAGCAAGGCUUCAGAAAGAAUUCAGGAGCCUCCCUUGCUAGAUUUUAAUUGCCUACAUGAGGAGGUUUCCCUGGAAGUAAGCACAGUGGACCAGUUCUCAAAGGACUUCAAGGACGCUGUGUUCUCCAACAUCCUGGCCAUGCUGGGGGACCGAAAGGCCCUCCAGGACCUCAUGGACACGCUUGAACAGGAACCCUUGGGUCAUUUGGAUGGCCCUGGUGGCACCAUCCUAAAUGAACUGCAAAAGGACUCGAGCUAUGCAUAUAAUGGCUCACAGCACCUCAUCCUUUACCUGCUUGAAGCCAUCAUGGCGCUGAAUGAUAUCCAACACGGUCUGCUGGCCCAAUCCAUGGAGAAGAAGAUCCUCUCCCAGCAGCGGGAUCUGGUGAGGAGCAUCCUGGAGCCCAACUUUGAAUGCUCGGAGAGCACUCCCUUCACCCUCAAGCCCGAGCUCCUCGCCCCCCUGCAGGGGGAGGUUUUGGCCAUAACCUAUGGCCUGCUGGAAGAGUGUGGCCUGGAGAUGGAGCUGCAGAGCCCCAGGUCAACCUGGGACCUGGAAGCCAAGCAGCCCCUGUCUGCCCUGUAUGGGGCCCUGUGUGUGCUGCAGCGGCUGGCCGAGGCCUGAGCCCCCUGGUGGGCAGGCCCAGGGCCAGUGCACUGGGUCAGC